UUAAUUUUGUUAUUUAUAUUUUAAUAAAGUUAAAAUAAAUUAAAGAAAUAUCCACUUUAUUGAAGGAUCGUGCUGGUUCCUUGAUAAUUGUAAAAUUAUAUAAAUGGAUUCCACUACACUACAAUUGAUACAAAUUCUCGAAAAGACUGUUUCACCAGAUAAAAAUGAAUUGGAAGCAGCCCAGAAUUUCUUAGAACAAGCAGCAUUGACUAAUCUUCAUGAAUUCGUUCAGAGGCUAAGCGGUGUUCUUAUGACUGCUGCUGCUAGUACUGUGGCUCGAAUGGCAGCUGCUUUACAAUUGAAAAAUCAACUUACCUCGAAAGAUUUAACUUUAAAAUCUCAAUAUCAACAACGAUGGCUUGCUUUUCCUUUAGAAACAAGAGAAUAUAUUAAGAAAAAUAUUUUAGGUGCAUUAGGAACUGAAAAUAAUAGACCUAGUUCAGCUGCACAGUGUGUUGCAUACGUAGCUGUAGCUGAACUACCAGUUGGACAAUGGAGUGAAUUAAUUCCACUUCUAGUAAAUAAUGUAGCUAAUCCAAAUAGUACAGAAAUGAUGAAAGAGGCUACACUUGAAGCUAUUGGUUACAUCUGUCAAGAAAUAGAUAGUGAAGUGCUUGUUGCACAAUCAAAUCAGAUUCUUACUGCAAUCAUACAUGGUAUGAAAGGAUCAAAUGCAUCUAAUCAUGUUCGUUUAGCAGCAACAAGUGCACUUUUUAAUUCUCUUGAAUUCACUAAAGGAAACUUUGAAAUUGAGUCUGAAAGGAAUUUUAUUAUGGAAGUUGUAUGUGAAGCAACACAAUCUACAAAUACACAAAUUAAAGUAGCAGCUUUACAAUGUCUUGUUAAGAUUAUGUCUUUGUAUUAUCAAUAUAUGGAACCAUACAUGGCACCUGCUCUGUUUCCAAUUACUUUAGAAGCUAUGAAAUCAGAGACAGAUGAUGUGUCUUUACAAGGAAUUGAAUUUUGGUCAAAUGUUUCGGACGAAGAAGUUGAUCUUUCUAUGGAAGAAGGAGAAGCAUCAGAAGGAGGACGUCCACCAUCUAAAGUCUCGCGACAUUAUGCAAAAGGAGCUCUUCAAUAUUUAGUACCAGUAUUAAUGCGAAAAUUAACUAAACAAGAAGAAUUCGACGAUGAAGAUGAUUGGAAUCCUUCGAAAGCCGCAGGUGUUUGUUUAAUGUUACUUGCAUCUUGUUGUGAAGAAAGUAUUGUUCCAUAUGUACUUCCUUUUGUAAAAGACAAUAUAAAAAAUCCUGAUUGGCGAUAUCGCGAUGCUGCUUUAAUGGCAUUUGGAUCUAUUUUAGGAGGUUUAGAACCAGUAACAUUAAGGCCUUUGGUAGAGCAAGCUAUGCAGACUUUAAUUGAGUUGAUGUAUGAUGGUAGUGUUGUUGUACGAGAUACAGCUGCAUGGACAUUUGGAAGAAUAUGUGAAAUAAUUCCUGAAGCUGCUAUAAAUGAAACUUAUUUUAAACCAUUAUUAGAAUCAUUAGUAAAUGGAUUAAAAGCAGAACCACGAGUAGCGGCCAAUGUUUGUUGGGCUUUUACAGGACUUGCAGAAGCCAGUUAUGAAUCUGCUGAAUGUAUCGAAGAAGGAAAACAACCAGAAACAUAUUGUAUGUCUCAUUAUUUUGAUUUUAUUAUUCAUAGACUUCUAGAAACUACUGAUCGAUUAGAUGGAGCUCAAGCAAACUUAAGAUCUGCUGCCUACGAAGCUUUAAUGGAGAUGGUAAAAAAUUCACCUCGUGACUGUUAUGUAACUGUACAGAAAACUACUAUGGUAAUCUUAGAACGUUUACAGCAAGUUAUGCAAAUGGAAUCACAUAUACAAAAUCAUUCUGAUCGAACACAAUACAAUGAUCUACAAUCAUUAUUAUGUGCUACUUUACAGUCCGUACUUAGAAAAGUUACAACAGAAGAUGCUCCUCAAAUUUCAGAUGCGAUAAUGACAGCAUUAUUAUCAAUGUUUAAUUCCAAUUCCUGCAAAUCUGGUGGUGUACAAGAAGAUGCCUUAAUGGCAGUAUCAACACUCGUUGAAGUUCUUGGUGAAGGUUUUCUAAAAUAUAUGGAAACGUUUAAGCCAUUUCUUUGUCUUGGAUUAAAAAAUCAUGUCGAGUAUCAAGUUUGUGGCGCAGCUGUUGGACUUACGGGUGAUAUAUUCCGGGCAUUAAAAAAUAAAAUGCUUCCUUAUUGUGAUGAAAUAAUGACCCUUUUAUUGGAAAAUCUAACUGAUAGCACAGUUCAUCGUUCUGUUAAGCCACAGAUUCUUUCUGUUUUUGGAGACAUAGCUCUUAGUAUUGGUCUAGAAUUUAAAAAAUAUUUAGAUGUAGUAUUUCAAACACUUGCACAAGCUUCGCAAGUUUAUGUUGAUAGAUCUGAGUAUGAUAUGAUUGAAUAUCUAAAUAGUCUUAGGGAUGGUGUACUUGAAGCUUAUGCCGGAAUUAUUCAAGGACUUCGUGGUGAUGGUACCAACAUAAGUUCUGAUGUGUCUUUAUUAGAACCCAGUGUCCCAUUUAUAAUACAAUUUAUAACUACCAUAGCCCAAGAUCGUGAACAUUCUGAUGGCAAUAUUGCAGCCUCAUCUGGACUCUUGGGCGAUUUAGUGACUGUAUUUGGAAGUAAAUUGAUGCCCCUAUUAGAAACAGAAGUAUUAACUGAUCUAUUAAGUAAAGGCAGAAAAUCUCGUUGUAAUAGAACAAAAAGCUUAGCAACAUGGGCUACAAAGGAAAUUAGAAAAUUAAAAAACGCGAAUAAUACUGUAUCGAGUUGAUCACAUUGUAAUAAUGUCGCUUUUCAAAUUGAUCUAACUAAAAAGAUUUCAAGUCAACAAGAUUGGAUGAUACGGAGUGAGUGAUAGAUGUGCGUGAGUUCCAAUUCAUUGACGAUGCAAUGAUAAAUCUGCACGUAAUAGUAGUGAUAUAAAAUUUUCGGUUAUGUUGAUGCAGGUAAUAUAUGUUCCUGUAUAGGUUAUCACUCAAUGCACCGUUUCUGCCUUUUAAACUUGGAAAUGAAAAAAAAAUGGAUGUUAAUAUUGUAUGAAGAUAUGAACUCUUAUUGUAUGUGAAAUCAGAUGUAUUCAUACAAAUGAUUUUGCUAUAUCGGGUGUUGAGGAUAUCUGUAUUUCACUAUAGUUAAUGAUACUUUUAUAUAGAAUUGAUAUGUGAAUGCAUUUUAAUUUGUAAGAGUUUUAUGAAUAGAAACAUUGGAGCUGUACGAAUGAAAAUAAAAGUGUGAAACAUUUUAGAUUAAAAC